AUGGAGAAGAUAAACAUGUUUAUGUAGAAUAUGAUUCAGAAGAUGAGUCUGAAGAAGAAAUGAAAGAAAUGAGAGAGAAAGUGUUUAAAAAAUAUGAAAACGCAGAAAUUAUUGAUGAUGAUGAUGUAGAAGCUUUUGAAGAAAAAGAAAGACAACAGUAUGAAGCGAAAUUUAUUGAUUGGAAAAAAGAAUACUAUAUGGGAAAGAUGAAUAUCGAUUAUGAUAAUCCGGAACAAAUGGAUGGUAUAGUCGGCUCUUAUGUAGAAGGGUUGCAGUGGGUGUUACACUAUUAUUAUAACGGUGUAGCGUCUUGGGGAUGGUUUUAUCCAUAUCACUAUUCACCGAAAAUAUCUGAUUUGUACGACUUAGAAAGAUUUGAUAUCCAGUUCGAACUUGGUAGACCCUUUAAACCUUUUGAACAAUUAAUGGGUGUUCUACCCGAAGGGAGUAAAAAACUUUUACCAUCUGCAUACCAGGAUCUCAUGAUAGACCCUGAUUCGCCGAUAAUAGACUUUUAUCCUAAAGAAUUUGAUCUUGAUAUGAAUGGAAAAAAACAAGACUGGGAAGCCGUAGUCAAUAUCCCAUUCAUUGAUCAAAAAAGACUAAUAUCUGCUCUUAAUU